AAGUUAUCGCAACGUUAAUGGCCGAUAACACUAAAGAGUUUAUAAUAUAAACUCGAAGUUCGUGAAAAAGUAUUCGUUUUAUAUUCGUGUGCAUGUACAAAUAUCGCGCCAAAUGUCAUAUAAGAAAAAUGUACAAUAAACAACAUCAAACGACAAUCCUAUUUUAUAAAUAUUAUUACAAAUAAGUUAUAAAAUUGCAAAGUUGGCUAAGCUAUAUGAUUAUGCGUGUUCAAGAAAAGUGAAGUGAAAAGUGAAGUGAAGUGAAAAGUGAAAUUAUAAUGAUUAAUUCCAAACGUUAUCAACAUUUUUUAAUAACACAAAAUAAUUGAAACGCCCAGACAUUUCUUCCAACAUUUCUCUCGUUUUUGCGAAUGCACGAUAUUUCAAUAUAUUUUUAUCAUGAGAGACGCGGAUAUUAGCUUUUCCUGACAUUUUUUUGCGGAUAUUCCUCGUGCCUGCACCUCAUAUUUCUAUUUGUCGUAUUCUCCCGUUCAUCGAGAGGAAUUUAAUUUAAUUGAGUCGGAGCGACCUCGAUAUAACGAUGCUCCUCCAUUUCUCUUCCCUUGUACAGCGGGAAUGCUUUAUGUCGGCAUUUUUGCGCUAUUGAUCUGAAGCUGUAUUCAGCACAUGUACCAACAGCUUGUCGUUGCAUAACUAUUUGGCAAUAUAAUUUCGUAUAAAAUAGGCGUAUACGAAAUGCUUCAGGCAUAUAUAUACGUAGUAUAUGCACUAGUAAAAUGGAAUACCUCGUACUGUACGUAAUGUACCGAAGCGCCAUCAAUCUUAUCGUGAAAUGUUUGACCCGCGCUUCGCCCGGUCACGGCAGUAGGUCGUGGCGCGAGAUGUAGAAAUGUUAUUAAUAUUUCUUUUUCUUUGCAAUAUAUUGCGCACUGUCACGAUAGUAUUUGCGUGUAUACGUCAGCACACACGAUAUAUAUGUGAUUUGAUAAUGCAGCUGGUGAUCUUUGUACCGAGGCUCGAGGAAGUUGGUAGAAACCCUGAUUUCAGUAAGAAAGAAGAUUCAACGAGGGAAACACGCGGCCUAUUUUGUCCGGAUUUUCGGAACAAGCGAAUGUUACUCAGUCGUAUACCUGAGGAUUAAUUCAAGAGAAUCUGCGAUCGAUUUUACAUGGAUUCGAAUUUAUCACCCGCUGCGAUUAACCGAUCUGCUAUUUGCACCGCUUCUGAUGCAUGUCUGAGAGGAACGCGAGUCGAGAGCAGUCCCUACAGAAGCAGACGGUUCUGCAAGUGGAAAAGCGUUGCAGAUAACACAGGCCAAACAUGAUGCUCGAUUUUUUCGCCGGAUGCUUGGGAGGAUGUGCCGGUAUUAUUGUGGGAUAUCCCUUGGACACGGUCAAGGUUCACAUGCAGACGCAGGAUAGUCGCAAUCCGAAAUAUCGGGGCACCUGGGACUGUCUGCGCACCAUACUCGCGAGAGAAUCGUUGACUGGUCUCUACAGAGGUAUGACCUCUCCUAUCGCAGGGGUUGCAGCGGUGAAUGCCAUCGUCUUCGGCGUGUAUGGGCACACUCAGCGACACUUGUCCGAGCCCGAUCGACUGUCGACGUGCUUCCUGGCUGGCGCUUCCGCCGGGCUCGCUCAGACUCCGGUCUCUAGUCCAAUAGAGUUAGCAAAAACACGAUUGCAGUUGCAGUCCUCAACCCGGGGUAACUCGCAGGGACCAAUGCAAUGUUUGAAAAAGAUUUACCGACGGGAGGGCUGUCGAGGAGUUUUCAAGGGCCUCGGCAUCACGUUUCUCAGAGAAGGUCCGAGUUACGGCGUGUACUUUGUGACAUACGAGGUACUGACAAGGACUUCCUCGAAACAGCCGAUUUCGACGUUUCACAUGCUGGUCGCGGGCGGCCUCGCCGGUAGCGCUUCCUGGGUGAUCUCCUAUCCCGUGGACGUGAUCAAGUCGCGCAUUCAGGCGGAGAGUGGCAAUCGUUACUCGAGCGCUUGGGAUUGCCUGAGGAAGUCCGUGCGCGCCGAAGGAUACACCUGCUUGUUCCGCGGCUUAAACUCGACGAUCCUUCGCGCUUUUCCGACGAACGCGGCGACCUUCACUGUGGUCACGUGGACGUUUAGACUAUUCGGCGAACAGCCGAGUGAGGCGCCGAAGAAGGAGGAGAACAGCCUGACUUCGAGCAAAGAACCGAGAAAUCGAACGACGAAAGGCUACGAAUCCUUCGCCAGCAAAUGGAACGCGUUCUUCGACGGUAUUUCGAGAGGAAACGGUUUCGCCGCGUCAUAUUCCACCGCUUCUAUGUUGUCCAUCAGCGGAUUGAUGCCUGACAACAGCGCCUGCCUGCUGCACAAUUGCAGACGAUCGGAUUGCAAGCACGACGUAUUGGAGCAGAGGAACGCGUCCGAGAGUUGGGAAAAGAGGAAGAUAGAGUCGAGGAACGACGAAGAGCUCGAGGAGGAUGAGCAGCUCGUCGACGAGCAAAAGCAAAAGGACUGGUGCAACGUCGAAUCGGUCAUAACUACGUGCACAUGUAAUUCGCAACGCGUAUUCAAUGUUUCGAAGCUAGGUAAUACCUGACGCUAUUACUUCGGCCACGAGCGUGUUCAACGUGUCAAUGCAAUCAAAUGACUCGUACGAGAAAGAAAAAUAAUACUCUUCCACGGAGAUUCUUUCUAGCGAUUAAAUUAAUAGACAAUGAAUUAAUAUAACAAACAUAAUAUUGUAAAGUAGAAUAUAUAGAUCGAAUGAAUAUCAAUAAGUUACAGAGUGUUUUAUGUGAAGAAAGUUGGAUAUGAAUGAGAUAGAUUAAGUUGGGUUAGAUUUUAUAGAACAAAAACUCAUGCACCUUAAAUCCAACAUAAUUAAAGCGACAAAUCAGUAAGAAAAUACUGAAAAUUAUUGAUAGAAUGCUUCGCGAACUCGUUGUACGUACGGAUUUGUAAUAAUGGAAAAUAUCCUGAUUCUCUUUCUGUUGUUUCUCUCUUAUCAAAACUGUACGACUUAAUCGAAAUUGGCGUAUUUUACACCUGAUCAUAAUUUAUGUUUUUAUAACGCUUUUUUUAAAUAAAUCGACGCAAUAUUAAUAUCUGCGUCAAGCACCCGUA